CUCAGAGUUUUCUGCCGUUCAAGUAGAUGUUCAACUUCAAGCAGCACAGGCAAGGCGCAUUGGAAGGGGUCCUGGAGUAAAGAAUGCCUGGAAGGCUUUCCUCACUGGCACUUGCUUCUGCACCACCCAGCAUGAGGCCUUCUGGUCUGUUCCCUGGCGAAGGAGAAGCCAACGAAGUGGAACAGACAGAGGACCACACCGGGCAGAGAUGGGGUUCACCAUCACCGAAAGAAAGGCGCAUUGCUUAUGAUUCUGUUGACCCAUUCUGCCGGUUGCAAAAGAGGAAGGCUACGCUAGUCGAUGAUGCGGCGCCCUCUUCGGAAUGGAUUUUGGAAUACAGCCAGGAGAUCCUGGCCCUUCUGGGGCCACGGGACGAGCCCCAUGGGCUUUCCAGCCGUUCAGACGACGACGACAACGACAUGCACGAUGACGACCAGGAAGAGGAGCCGGGCCCGGCACCCCCCCUGGCUGUCCGUCUCCCCCGAGCGGCUUGGGAGUUGAUCGAGCUGUUCUACCUAGGCGGCCGGCCGUCGUCUUCAGUUGCGGAGGAUCUGGUCGAGUGGCUCCGGGGAAACCACAGCGUGCUCCCCGACCCUCCCCCCGGGCGCAAGAACGCGCACACCCGUAUCCAGGAGCUGCGGACGAAACUAAAGACGAGACCAGCGGAGGACUUACCCGAGUACUGGGAGGCAAUCGCGGCCAUACUGGCCGUGGGAUGGAUCGAUGCUGCCGUUUUUCUGCUGAAACAGCUGGCGUCGUUCAGCCCCGAGGAUUCAAACCUGGAGCUGGAGCGCGGCCUGAUCGAGGGGCUGGCGAUCCUGGUCGAGCAGAUUCCGAGGUUGCGAGCCGAGGGGGAACAAGACCACCCGAGCGUACCCACGUUUCUCAAGGCGCGUGAGAGCUGGAAGGGCAAGAUCCAGAAGCUGCUGACGAGCCAGUACGUGGCCAAGUGCCGGACGGUGGCGCGCACGGGCCUGGAGCUGGUGCGGACGGUUCUGGCGGGCGAGAAGGACGGGCUCAAGCGGAGCACCGGACACUGGGCGGAACUGCUGGCGGCGCACCUGUUUCAUCGACGGCCCAACAUGAGGGCUCAGCUCGAGAUUCAGCGGCUGGCCGAGGCGUGCAUAGUGGAGGCGGGUCUGAGCGGUCGGGAUGACGAGAGCAUGACACCGUUCGACAAGAUCACGCUGGCGAUCCUUGGGGGAGAAACGGAGGAGGUACUGAGUUUGAGUGCCAGAACGUUCCGCCCCUGGUUUCUGGCCCACGUGACCGAAGUCCUUGCGGCGUCCGGCGAGCGCGUUCACACCUUGCUCCAGGAGCCCCGGGAGGGCCUCGGGGGCUGCGGUUUGGAGGAGUCGUUCCGGCUGCAGUAUGCCGAGGACGUGGCUGCAGAGGACGCCACGUGGCAGAACGCGCCCUUUUACCUCGCGCAGUGCCCCGUGCUGGGCCGCGGAACGCUAGAAACACUGCUCAUCAGACGGUCCGCAUCAGCGGCACGCGAUCCGGACGUCCUGAAGCUGCUGGACAUCUGCCGCCAGUACGGCCUAGACGAGGCCGCCGUCAAGAUCUGCCGGAACGUGGGCGUCCAACGGUGGGAGCGCAAGCAGCGGGGAUCGGCGAUCGCGUGGCUGCAGCGGGGCCGCGACGACAAACGACUGAACGCGAUCGCGCACGAGCUGAUUGAAGAGGUGACGAACGCGGAGGGCGAGGGCCUGGAUGCGAUCGGGCUGCUGCUGGACAACGUCAGCACGGCCCUGCCUCUCUCGGGCUCGCUCGCGUUUCUGCAACGGUACCGGAAAUUGCAAGCGACGUUGGCCCUCUUGCGCUCGCCCCCGGCCGAGGGGCUGCCAGCGCAGUUACGGGCCGCAGGGGAAACGAUUGUCGCCCUUCUGACGCCGGGCAUGGCUCCCCGCCAGUUCUGGCUCACCAUACUUUUUGACGCGAUCCCCCUUCUCGAGUGGCCGGGCUUCACAGUGUUUGACUCGCGGCAGACCUUCCAUCUGAUGGCUUGCUUAGAAGAACUGCGGACUUCGCACUUGCAUGACGAGUAUUUGAAAAAGGGGGGUGAGGCGAUUGAUGAGCUGACACUGCAAAGGCUGGAUCUAGCGCUUGCCACAAAUCUAGGGCGGGCUUUCGUGAAGGAUGCAAAUCGGACAUAAGGCCCGUGUUGAACCAAGACUGAUUCUUUCGAUGGUCAGCGUCUGUAUGCUUCAAAUCGUUCGAGUCCUUCGUUUGUGACUGGUAUGAAACUCUGCUUUCAUGCAUCAGGGAGU